AUGACCAUGUCGAGGAGUGGCGGCCAAGGCGGCGUCCUGUCACGCGUCGAGGACGCGAGGGCGCCAAUACCCAAAACCGCAUCUUCAAGUUUCUCCAAAAUAUGGUGGCAAGGGUGGCUAAAACGUAAACUGUCAGCCACAGCAUCGCAGAUUUUGCUGGCUAUCCUGCAAAGAACAAGCAUAGGGAAAUUCUCGGCGCUUUCCCCAGACUCGGAGUUAUCCUGUUAUAGCAGUACAAGCCGGAGUUGUCGUGGUGAUGGACGCAAGAAGCGCUGCAGUGAGAUCCACAAGCCACAUCAUCGACUGUUGGAGCAACGGUGUGACGACGAGGCUGGUGGGAAUGGCGCAGGAAGCUAGCGCAACUCGAUGGGCAGAGUUGGGCAUCUAAUUACUUUUUGCUACUCUACCAAAUAGAUUCGGCUUUUCUAGCCGAGAGUAGUGUGCCAAGUUGAAGCUAGGGAAAGUUUACCUUUUGCGUUCCUAGAGGUAAACUGGGGUGGUGGGUAUGACAUCAGUUCAUCUCAUGUGGCUAAUAGUAGGUGGUUGGCUGGGAUCUUCCAUAUUUUCCCCUCUCUUUGUUUUUUUUCUUUUUCCAUAUUGAAGCAGUACGGAUGUUGUACUGCAUCAAGGCAUUACAUGCGGGUCUACACAUUCGCGAAUGCAGGCUUGAUCUUGGUUUGAAGUAGAAUAAAACACAGUGGACAAGAAAAGCAAACAAUGAAAAUAAAGAUUGCUUGACCUUGAAGGGGCCUGGACCG